UCGCCAUUUAUAACAGUUGGCCCUCACAUGAGAAACAUGGAUCACAGUGUCACGAGCCUAAUUUUCUUUCUAUGCGUGCUGUGUGUUACGACGCAGACGAAAUGCUACAGGAUACUAGCCAUCGUCUCAACGCCAUCCUACAGCCAUCAGAUCCCGUAUCGGCGAUUAUGGUUGGAAUUGCACGAACGCGGCCACGAAAUAGUGCUGGUCACCACGAAUCCUAUACCAGGCAUCAAAUCUCCGAAUUUCACCCAGAUCGACAUUAGUAAGAGCUUCGCAACCUUAAGGACGACAAACUUCGUGCAGCAAAUGCUCGAAGGACAAACAUGGACCAAUUUCGUGAUGAACGAAAUGUUUGACCUGAGCAAGAAUUUCGCCAGAUAUGUCUUCGAAGCCCCGGAAAUGAAGAUGAUCUACGCUUCGGAUAGCAACGCGAAGUUCGAUGUUUUCCUGACGGAAUUAAUCUAUGUGCCAGGCCUCUAUGCAUUUGCGUACAGAUUUAACGUCCCCGUGAUAGGGCUAAGUUCAAUGGGUGUGACCUCCUUCAUUGAACACGUUCUUGGCGGAUUGGUGCUGCCCUCUCACGAGUCCACGUGGGAAAUGCAAUGGAACACGGGCUCGAAUUUGCCGUUCACGAAGAGGUUAUCCAAUUUCGUAACCAUAUGGCGAUUGAUCUAUUACAUGUAUCACGAUUUAUUCCCGGCUCACCAGAAACUGGCAGAGAGUUACCUUGGGCCUUUACCCCCUCUGCUAGACAUUGUUAAGAACACUAGCGUGUAUUUUGUCGAUCAAUCCGACGUUUUCACAUCGGCCCGACCGAAACUCGCCAACAUGAUCACAUUCACUUCCUUUCAUAUAGAAGAAAAUUUGGAUCCUCUUCCGAAGGAUCUACAGGAGUUUGUCGACGGUGCGGACGCGGGGUUCAUCUACUUCAGCUUGGGUAGCAACGCAAGAAGUGCAGAUUUACCUAUGGAACUUCGACGAAUGUUCUGCGACGUUUUCGCCAAGUUACCGUACAGGGUCGUCUGGAAAUUCGAAACGGAGCUAGACGAAAAACCAGCUAACGUUUACACAGGCAAAUGGUUCAGUCAGCAAGCUAUCCUCGCUCAUCCAAAUAUUAAACUGUUUAUCAUGCAAGGAGGUCUUCAAAGUACCGAGGAGACCAUUCACUUCGGAGUUCCAACUAUUGUUUUCCCAGUGUUGUGUGAUCAAGAUUGUCAAGCAACCAAAAUGGAUGCCCUUGGCAUUGGGAAACAUCUGGAAAUUGGAACGGUCACGAAAGAAGAAUUCAGAAAUACCGUUGUAGAGAUAAUAACAAACAAGGAUUACAAGAAGAGAAUGAUGAGAUUUCGGAAUCUCACCAAGGACACACCCUACGAUCUCGUGAAGUAUUUGGCAUGGUGGACAGAGUACGUGGUUCGAUCUGACGGUGCUCCUCAUCUUCGUUCCAGUCUGACCAGGCAACCUUGGUACCAGUAUUGCGACAUGGACAUCGUGGUGUUCCUGACGAUUGUCACUAUUCUCAUCGUUUCAAACACACUUAGCCUCGUGGCCAAACUUAUCGUGUACUCUUACAAGAGGUUUUACUCCUGUAAUUCUCAGAAGCAGAAGAUAAGCUAAUCCAAUGUGAAAUGUACUCAGCCAGUUACAUCUGACAGUGUCAAAUGUUAAAUAUUUUAUACCGACGAAUGAAUUUUGUACUCCACUUAUGUCGGAUAAUUAUUAUUGGGAUAAUCAAGGAGCAAUGUUUGAUUAGGGGAUCGUAAGUAUCGUAGAGGUGUGUGCAUCUGUUUGAUGAACACUGAACUGUCGCCACCGUUUUCUUCCAAAUAUUCUGUACGGUUUUGUCAGGACUGCAUUGGUGUGGACAUUCCUUGACGAGUUGACUUUGGUUAGUUUCGUGAGUGCAUAUCGAGAUAUGAUUCUAAACCUUGAACC